UCGGUCUGGAAUUAUUAAAACAAUCUAGUGAUAUUUUUAACAAUUUUGGUAGAACAACAGAGUAUUUGGAAUGUGCAUUUAAAGAUAGAAUUAAUACAAAUUAAAUGAUAUCUUUGAAAUGUGAAAUAAUAAUUGUGAAAAGUAAUAGUUUUAAGUGCCUAGGAUUGGUAUUACAAAGUAUUGGGAAAAUAUACGAAGUUAGUGUCCAGCCAAUGGUCCGAGACAAUUUCAAUACAUGAAGCAACACUUUUAACAAUAUAAAUACCGUCUAAACCGGGAUCAAGUCAGUACAGUUGUAUCAACCAUUGAAUCAGCAUAACAAUGAGAAAAGUCGUGGUGUUUUUGGGUGUGUUAGUCCUAGCAGUGCUAGUGCGAGGGCAUGCACUUAAGGGUGAAGAAGAGGAACUGCAGUUGGAUCAAGCGGUAGCUGCUUCAGGCCAUGGCCAUCAUCACGAGUCAGGGGGUGGUCAUGAAGGUCAUGAGCAUCACCACGAAAGUCACGGCGGUAAAGGAGAUAAAGGAUAUCAUUCCCAUCAUCACCACGACAAAGGAGGCCAUGGUAAGCACGGCAAGCACCACUCAGCCGGACAUCAUGCCGAAAAAGGUGGUCACCAUAAGUCGCAUCACGAAUCUGGAGGUCAUCACUCUUCUCACCAUGCUCACGGCGGUCAUCACAAAGGCGGUAAAUUCGGCGAGAAGAAAGGCCACAAGAAGGGACAGAAAACCAAGGGAUACCACGUCAAAGCACACAAAGACGAACACCACAAGAAACACAAGUUCUACGAUGACGCCCACAAAGGAGGUCACCACUCAAAACACGGUAGCCAUCAUGGUCAUCACGGAUCCAAAGCCGGUCAUCACAAGAAGGGAGGUUCCCACAAAUCUGGUUACCAUGACGAUCAUUUCGGUAAGAAAGGAUUCGGUCACAAAGGACACUACGAUGAAGACCACAAGGGACACAAGGGUCAUGGAGGUCACGAAAGCCAUCACUCCCAUCACUCAGACUAUGGAAAGAAAGGCGGACACGAGGGACAUUCUUCACACGGUUUCUCAUCAGGCAAACAUUAGGUUGUUACUUUUUGGAUGUGAUUUUGAUUUAUCUGUGUUAAAGUUGUUGAUUUGGUUGUUGUUUUUGAGUGAGAGAGUGAUAACAAUUUCUUAAUAAAAUUUUAAAAUAAA